UCCACCUUCCUAAUUCCCGUCUACAAUGUUGCAACCAUUCUGACUGGACAAUACAAAACAGAAGGUAUAAUUUACAGCAUCAUUUUAGACGUAUUAUAAAACCAGGUGCCUUAGUGAUGAAGAGCUGGUUUCUCCUUCCUCUCCUGUUUCUGGCAUGGUGUUGCCAUGGCACCUUCUCUUGCCCAGCCCUUUGCAAAUGCUACAUAUCCCCAAGAAAAACAGAGGUGGUCUGUAAUGAAGUCCCCCUCACCCAGUUCCCCUCCUACGGUCUUCCUAGCAACACCACCUCCCUCACCAUCCAGUUCACCAACAUCAGCUCCAUCUCAGAACAGCACCUGAGAGCCACACCCCUUCUACAGGAGCUCUACCUGUACAACAACAACCUGAGCACCCUUCCCUCAGAUCUCUUCAGGGGUGUCCCUCACCUGUUCUCGGUGGCUCUCUCGGAUAACACAUUGGAUCAGCUUCCCGCCAAUGUCUUCAGCCACGCUCCGCUGCGUGACCUGGUGCUGAAGAACAACCUGAUCAGCGGUGUGGAUGCUGAUUGGCUCCCUGACAACAGUAACCUCACCUGGCUGGACCUGUCAGGGAACCACUUGACGGCCGUACCCACAGCCCUGUUUCAGAAACUACGCCACCUGAAGAACCUUGACCUCUCCCAUAACCGCCUGGAGAAGCUCCCGCCAAAUUCGUUACACCCUCUGACCAAACUGGAGAGGCUGACGCUGGAGGGGAACAAACUCAGCACCCUGGACGUGUCUACCUUCAGUAACAACCUCAACCUGACACACCUGUUUCUUCUGGAGAACCGGCUUGGACAACUGCCCCCAACCCUGUUCCAUGGCCUCCCGAACCUGGCGCACCUGAGUCUGAAUGAUAACCUGCUGAGCCACAUCCCUCCUGGUCUGCUGGACCAGCUUCACUCCAUUGAUGAGCAGGGGUUGGACCUCACGGUGAACCCCUGGGUAUGCGAUGGCAAGGUGGAGUACCUGUGGAGGUGGCUGCAGAAGAACCAGAAAAAAGUCUUCCUGGCCAAUGACAUCAGGUGUGCCAGCCCUGAGUCUCUGAAGCAACGGUCAGUGAUGUCGCUAACUGACAGUGAGCUAGGACUCUGAUCCAUCAAACCUUUUUCACUCAGAUUAUGAUUUAUCACUGUAACCUAUCUCAAACUGUGGUCUAUUGAACUCCUAUCUCAAAUGAAUCUAAGGUAAUGUUGGUCUAUUGCAUGUUGUGUAUUUUCAUCAUAAUUAUACACACAUCCACGUAAAUAAAAAAGUGACCUGAAUUGGAAUUUUAAAUGAAU